AUAUCCUCUCGCAUUUCAUCACAAAUCUACGUACAUUUGCAAUAAUGAGAUUACAUACGUUGUUAUUUUCUUCAUUGUUUUUAUCCUAUGCGGUGGUUCUAGCCACAGCUGUGCAAUGUGGUGAGGAAGCCGGUGGUGCUUUAUGUCCUGGUGGCAUAUGUUGUAGCAGAUGGGGCUAUUGUGGCACCACUGACAGCUACUGCCUCGAGGAAAAUGGUUGUCAACUUAAUUGCACUGAUGGUGACUCUGGUGGUGGUGGCGGUGGCGGUGGCGGCGGAGGAGGCGGUGGCAGCAGCGGUGACGGUGGUGCACUUGGUGACAUUAUAUCGAGUGAACUGUUUGAAGAGAUGCUGCCAUAUAGGAACGAUCCUCGUUGCCCAGCCGCUAACUUCUACACCUACGAUGCUUUCAUAGCUGCCGCAAAGUUGUAUCCGGACUUUGCGGCGACCGGGGAUAACGACACUCGGAAAAGGGAAGUUGCUGCUUUCUUAGGCCAAACUUCCCACGAAACUACUGGUGGAUGGGACGGUGCACCCGGUGGUCGAUAUGCAUGGGGAUAUUGCUUCAAUGAGGAAGUAGGUUGCCCUGCAGGUUAUUGCGAAUAUAACCCAAAUUAUCCAUGUUAUCCUGGUGUAAACUAUUGUGGCCGCGGUCCCAUGCAACUUUCUUGGAACUAUAACUAUGGCCAAUUUGGAGAAUCCAUAGGACAGAAGGAGGAGCUUUUACAACACCCUGAGGUGCUGAAAACCAAUGUUACAUUGUCCUUCAUGUCUGCUUUCUGGUUCUGGAUGACUGCACAACCCCCGAAGCCAUCGUGCCACAGUGUGAUCACCGGAGAGUGGAUACCUUCCGCUAACGACGUAGCCGCUGGUCGGCUUCCAGGGUACGGUGUGACCACAAAUAUUAUCAAUGGCGGCUUGGAAUGUGGUCAUGGUCCAGACUCUAGGGUAGAGAGUCGAAUUAAGUUCUAUGAAAGGUACUGUGACAUUCUUGGAGUUAGCUAUGGCCCCGACCUUGAUUGCUACAAUCAGAGGCCUUUCAGCUGGGGCCUCUUAGUGGAGUCUAUAUAGCUUACGGUGUCUGAAUAGUAGAUAAGCAGUUUCUGCAUUGAAAUAAAAAAGACAUAGAACAGUGUUGUUCUUGUUGCUAUAUAUAUAUAUGGACAAUGUGUUCUAUGCUUAAUUAUGUCAAAGUUGCUGUGUUUUAAAUUUUAUGUAAGCUUUAGCAGAAGCAUAUAAUAAAAUUUAUGCUUAAUCCUUAA